GGACUUUGCACUGCCAGUCUUAACACUCGCAGCAUAACAUGAGUUUAUGCUGCAUUUGAAAUAGUCUACAAGGGACGAUUACCAACUUCAAGUAGUUCAACACAAAAGGUGAGGAUGGACAGGACUGAUGACACCAACAGCUACACGGGAUCCAUCCAGUCCAACGGCUACUCGGCCUCGGACGAGGUGUCGUCACAGCUGUCGUCGCAGGUGUCAUGUAUGUCAAGGCCCAGUGCAAAGUCAAUAUACCUGCGAAGGAAGGAGUACGCCGCCUCCAUGAACAAGACCAUCACCUAUUUCCAUUACAGAGUGGAGCAUCUACUCACAUGCGAGCUGGAUGGCGAGGAGCUGGGAUGCCUCGCCGACUGCGUGGAGCGCCUCAGUCUGCUCGACAAGAUGGGUCGAGUGUGGGGUCAGAACAUGCUGCUGGAAGUCAAUGGGCCAGAUCUGCUGCUCUCAGACACAGAGAGCAAGGAGGUGCUGGAGACCAUCAAUCUGCAUGACGUCAUGCAGCUGAAGGCCAUAUUGGACACUUCGGCAUCCAACUCGCUGCUGGCGUUGACGGUCAAAACCAGCAGGAAACCCAACACUAGCGUCUACCUGUUCCACUGUGAGGACGUCAGAGCUGACUAUGUCCAAAAGGGUCUCUCCCAAGCACGCUUACGCAGUGCGUCACAUGAAGGAGUGCACAGAGCAAGUAACGUGGAAACCACAGAAAAAGCCCCGCAGUGGGCGCCGCCUGAUUAUAAUGAUGAUAGCGUGUCUGACACUGACUUGGUUACGCCUCAGAAGGAUGAUUAUGAGGAGGAGGGGGUGUCCACCAAAGCAGAACCUUCACAUUCUCCACGCCCAUACACAGAGUUGGACAGAAAUGUGGACAUCCUGAAUCGUAUCGUUACUGACAUUGAGAUAUUCAUGGGGAAAGUGGCUGCAAUAGUAAGCAAAAACGGAAAGAAAAAAAAUUGGAAAAGAAAAAAAGACAAAGUCAUGGCUGGUAUGCCCCCUGCUGGAGAGUUUGCAGCAUGUCUUCAUAAGGUCAAAUGUGGCUUCAAUCUUCUGGUGGAGCUCAAGGGAAAGAUUCGGAAUCCAGAUGUCUCUGAAUUUGUCCACUCCCUAUUCUCUGUGUUAGGUUUUCUUGUGCGUCACUGCUCUGAGGAGCUGCCUCCAAGCAUUGUAGCUCCUCUGCUGACUCCUCAGUGUAUCUGUCUCAUGAGCGAGGAGGCCACUGCAGGGGAGGACCAGCUGUGGCAGUCUUUGGGGGACGCCUGGAACAUCCCCAGUACCAAAUGGCCCGAGGAUGAUGAGGACAUCCCAACAUACACUCUUGAGUUCUUUGACGGCUGGCAGCCUCCUGAGCUGAGCGAGGAACCUGCGCCUUCUGCUGCCGGCCCAGCAGUGAGGGCACAGGAGGUUCGUCAGGCCCCAUCCACCCAGAAGACCACCAAGAAGACAGAACCCGCCAAAAAGACAGCACCGCCUCCUGCACCAGCAACAAUACAUGCAGCAAGGAUACAUGCAAGGCCGCGUGAGAAGAAGCUGCGGCGCAUGCGAGUUAUGCGGGACUUCGCCUCCAGGAACCCCAGAGAGCUUACCAUCACAAAUGGCGAAGUCGUGGAGCUGCUGGACGUAUCCAAGCUGUGGUGGAAAGUGAGGAACAGCAGAGGAGAGGAAGGAUUUGUCCCCAACAAUGUCCUGACGGAUGAUGUAGAUCAAGUUGAUGACAUGCCAACUGGAAGCUCUCCUGUCUUAAGCAAGAAAUCCAAACCAGCAGAGGUGAAAGCCUGGCUUGAACACCUGGGCUUCACUAAGAUCACGGUGCGUUGUCUGGGCGUGCUGAGCGGCUCCAUGCUCCUGGGUAUGACCCGGGAGGAACUGAAGACAGUGUGUCCAGAAGAAGGAGGGAGGGUCUUCUUCCGGUUACAAGGAGUCAGGUCUUCCAUCAUGGCUGGUGCAAACUGAGACACAGUGUGGAGAGACACCAUCAGAAGAUAUUUUAUACAGCUAAAAAAUCACUAUGUUAUUUUAAUGUAAAAUACACUCACUGGGCACUUCAUUAGGCACACUACAGACUGGAUCAACAAAUAUGCCACUUUCUCACCAACAAUUCUAAAAACUUUUAUUACAGAGAACUUUUAGCAUUCGGGUUAAAUAAAUCUGGGUAUUUUGUGUGGUUUGCGUUUUCACAGAAUUUAGGUAAUGUAUGCAAAUCAGACUGAUAAAGUAAGCAUAAAUGUUAUGUCGUUUCUUUCUUUCUUUCUUUCUUUCUUAAAUGUUCCUGGAAGAAAGACCUAUAGGUUCUUUUUCAGGCCUAGUUGUUUUAACUGAUUAGAUAACUUUGCUGGAAACGCUGCAAAACAAAAAAGUGGGAAAGUGGUUAUAAUGUUGUGUCUCUAAUACAUACUUGCCAACCUUGAGACCUCAGAAUUCGGGAGAU